GCCGCUUCCACCCACCUCCUGCCUCCUCCCUCCCUCUCACUCCUCCGCCCGCCCGCGCCCGUCCGUCCUCUCCCCCGCGACGAGCGCCGCGCCGACGAGCGGGGAGGGCAGCCGGCCGGCCGGAAUGCCCGCGCAGAAGCGCCCGCACCCGUCGCCCGACGCGGACGACGGGCACGUCCGGGAGGAGGAGGCUGCCGCUGCCGCCGGGGCCGCCGGCUCCGACACGGAGGGCGGCGGCGGCGUCCAGAGGGCCGCCAACGGGGGCUCCGCGGAGCUGGCCAAGGACGGUGGCGGCGAUUCCGAUGCGGGGGAGGACGACGAGGAGGAGGAGGAGCAGCGGAAGCAGCAGCAGCAGCAGGACGAGCACGAGGAAGGCGGCGGCAGCGGCGGGGACGACGAGGACGGCGACGACAGCCCGUCGUCGGAGAGCGACGCCGCCGACGUGGACGAGUUUAUACUAGUGAAAUUGAUGGAUAUACGGAAGGAAGUGCAGUGCCCUAUAUGCUUAGGCAUUAUCCGGAAAACAAGAACGGUUAUGGAGUGUUUGCACCGGUUUUGUAGGGACUGCAUUGAUAAAUCCAUGCGGCUUGGAAAUAAUGAAUGCCCAGCAUGCCGCACUCACUGCAAGAGCAGACGUUCCUUGAGGGAUGAUCCUAAUUUUGACGCUUUAAUUCUAGCUUUGUAUCCAGACAUUGACAAGUACGAGGAAGAGGAACUUGCUUUUGGUGAAGAAGAGAAGACUCGCAACAAAAAGAUUCAAGAUUCCAUUGCUGAAACAUUUCGAAGACAAACAGAAGCACUUGUGAAGAAGCGCUCCAAUGCAAAAGCAAUAGCUUCUACAAGAAAGACCCGUGGGAGUAUGCGGACAAAGAAGAGAGGACGGACUAGUUCUCCUGAUAAUGCCCCAACUGACAUUGAUGAUGACGAGAGAGAAGAAAAUGGCAAUGAUGGCAGCAAAGAAUCGUCUUCUGUUGAUGAUCGCUCACCAGAUGUCAAGAUGAAAAGAGCUCGGAGGUGGCCUGUGCCACGAUCAUCCCCUGCUAAGACUAUUGGCAGUGUUGAUAGCAGCUACGAGGAGAAUGAUGAUUUGGGAGGUGCCAGAGAUAUCUUGGCCACUUCUCCACUGCGGGGAGAGAUGCUUGCCUGGGGCAAAAAUGGCACCCGCAGUCAGACUCGACAUGGCAGUGCCGGUGGCUCCAGUGGAAGGAUGGUCAAGGGCGGGCGUGUUGCCAAGUUGGUGGAUCAUCUCCGUAAUGCUGAUGAAUUUGAUACCAAGUUCAACUUGUACCUCGCUCUAACUCCGGUUGAUGGACAAAGCAUGCCUAAACUGGAAAAGUCCUAUCUCAGCUGCCAGCCAACAUUCUCUGUUAGCCACCUAUGCCAGUUUGUUGCUCUUCAGCUGUCACGGCAAGCCGCAGAGGUGGAGAUAUACUUCAGGAAGAACUCCAGAAACGGGUCCCUUAAAACCGAAGAAACCAGCGCAGACGACGGGGCGAAACCGGAGCGGCUCGACGGCCUGGAAAGGCUCAAGGAAGAGAAUUCGCUUUCAGAGCUGUACCCUAUGCUCGCCUCUGGUGUUGGAGACCUGGAGCUGCUGUACUCCGUGAAAGCGCAGGGCUAGCUAGGCGCAGUCCGUGGCACCAGCCAGCCAGCUAACUCUCCUGGCCGUCAAAUUGAUGGAUGGAUGGAUGGAUCGCCGCUAAUCCCAUGACCCGCAGGAAGGAUCUACUCGCCGUGAAAACCUGUACAUAUAUCAUCAUUCGAUAUAGAAAAAAAAAGGGGCGACAAAGCAGUAGAUUUAUCAUCCGUGUCUUAAUGUCUGUUUAAGUUUAUGUGUGUGUUAUCUUGUGGAGUGGUUCAUUGGUUGGUUAAAACGUAAAAUUGACUAGUGGUAGUCGGAUUGAGUAGCAGUGUGUAAAACAGGUCAGACAAAAUUACCUGGCUGGUUCAUUCCUUAUUCUAUAUAUACUGUAUAAUUAUAAUGGAGUGUUUGGUGGUGCUGCA